AUGGAGUUAACUGCAGAGCAGAAAACACGCGUUGCGUACAUUGAAAAGAAGGGAAAGUCACUAGAAGAACAAAUCGAAAAAUUAGAUCAAUUCUUAAAGGCUUCUUCUGUUGAUCCCAUAAAUGCAAAAUUGCGUUUAGAUAGUCUCACAACAUUGUAUACAUCGUAUGUGAAAUACAAUGACGAACUCAGUUCUUUAAAAUUUGACCAUCCUCGUCUUGAUGCUUUCGAUGACAUUCAGACAUGCUAUUUUAACGUAGCUACUGCUGUCACAAAGCUUCAAAAAACCGAAGUUGCAUUAUAUUCUCCUCACGCAAGUUCAACCUUGAACUCCAGUAACUUUACGCUUACCGAGCGUCAAGACCUGCCUAGACUUCCUGAAAUACACAUCCCUCGCUUUAACGGUGAUCACACCGAAUGGGUCGCAUGGAAGGCUAGCUUCACUUCUAUUGUACAUAAUCGUACAGAUAUUAGUAAUUAUACUAAACACACUCAUCUUCAAACCGCUCUCAGAGAUAGAAAGGCUGAAGGUAAAAUAAAACAAUAUCCUGCGAGUGAAGAAAACUAUCCCCAGGCUUUCAAAGCAUUAUGCGAUGCAUAA